AUGAGAUUCUGCAGACUCAACUCAGCAGUAUCUCAAGCAGAGCUCAGACAUGCUGUGAGAGAGAAACUACAGAUUAGACUUCUCAGAGUCACUGUCUCUGAAAUCAAGCUCUUUCUAGAGUUCUCUUCAAAUGAUCACACAGAGUCAUACAUCACUGUGUUGAUUGAAGAGAGAGACAGCAUCACAACAGCAGUGAGAGAGGCAGAGAAAGAACUGAAUAUGAAUGAACUGAUCAGCAGAAGAGAUGACACCUCACUGCAAGGCACAGCAACUACUGCCGCGGCUGCAAGAGAAGCAGAAGAAGAAGAAGAAGAUGUGAAAAUGAGAGCAGUGCUUCUGUGA